AUGGAAGUAGCUAUAAAACUAGAACCUGUAAACACCAAACACCCAUAAUUAUUUUAUGAAGUAAAAAUAUAUUAAUACUUACUUCAGGAUGAAUAAAUUUUAGAUAAGGGUAUUCCUUAAGUUUAUUUUUGUUCUACACAAGGAGAUUAUAAUAUAAUGGUUAUGGAUUUAUUAGGCCCUUCAUUGGAAGAUUUAUUAUAAUUUUGUAAUAGAUAAUUUACAUUAAAAACAGUUUUAAUGAUAGCUUAGUAAUUAAUUUAGCUGCUAGAAUAUAUUCAUUAAAGGCACUUUAUACAUAGAGAUAUUAAGCCAAAUAAUUUUUUAAUUGGGGCAGGUAAAAAAUUUAGUAAAUUUUUUAUUAUUGACUUCGGACUAGCAAAGAGGUAUUUGUAAAGGGAUGGAACACAUAUUCCUUAUAAAGAUAAUAGAAAUUUAACUGGAACGGCUAGGUAUGCAUCUAUUAAUACUCAUUUAGGUAUAGAGUAGGCUAGAAGAGAUGAUAUGGAAGCUUUGGGAUAUGUUUUAAUUUAUUGUUUGAGAGGAUAGUUGCCUUGGUAAAAUUUAAAAGCAGAUAAUAAAAAAGAUAAAUAUGAAAAAAUGAUGGAAAAAAAAUUAUCUACUCCUGUGGAAGUUCUAUGUAAAGGAUUUCCUGAUGAGUUUGUGAAAUAUUUGGCUUAUUGCAGAAAUAUUAGAUUUGAUGAAAAACCGGAUUAUAAUUAUUGUUUAUCACUUUUUAAAGAAAGGUUUUAAAAAGAAGGAUUUGAAAAUGAUAAUGACUUUGAUUGGAUUGCAUUAGCGAAAGAAAGAAAAAAAUAAGGAUUAUGUUAGGAUAACAGUAUAAAAUAAAAUAAAGAAUUGAUAAUAUGA